UGUAAUUGCGUUCCCCCAAACUCACUCCAUCUUCAAAAUCGCAAUCGCCAUAGAAGCGGGUAUGAGGAGUAUGGACACCGCAGCUGCAACUUCCGGCGUUCUUCCUCCGACGAUGGUCGUGAAAACCGUGCGGGUGGAGAUAAAGGGACGCGUGCAGGGUGUAGGGUUCCGAGAUUGGACGAUGGAGAACGCAGAGGAUCUUGGCCUACGGGGCUGGGUAAGGAACCGGAGGAAUGGCUCUGUUGAAGCCCUCUUCUCCGGAAGCCCAGAAAAAGUAGAGGAGAUGAUCGACCGGAGGUGCAGGAUCGGCCCUCCCGCCGCCGCCGUCACUGCCGUUACAUCUUUCCCGUCGAACGAGGAUCCGGGCCUGGAUUUCCGCUGCAAAAACACUCUCUAAUGUUUGAUUCUCUCUGGUAUUAUUUCUUCUUUGAUGUGGAUGAAUAAUAGAAUGUUAUCCGUUGAAAUUAGGUAUUAAUUGUUAUUUUUAUCCUUAUUUGAUCUCAAUUCUAGCUUAGAAUUAUGUGUCUUUCGAAUGCUACGACUAGGUUAAGGGAAGUGGGUAUGAAGAAGCUGAUUGUCUAUUCAGAAUGGGGAGGCUUUGGGAGUAUUUGAGAUUAAGCAGAAAGUGAAAACAUGGCUAUUUAUUGAUAUCAUUGUGCCCAGAUUCAGAUUUAUGCUGUAACUCUGUUAAUAGUAGCAUCAGUCCAUGCUAGUCUGAAAAUUCUCUGUAGAUUUUGCAGCAAUUCUAUGGAAUAUUAACUAAGAAUGAGGAAUUUUCUAGAUUUUGAUUACAUAUUUGUGGAAGAUUUUCAUACACACCUCUCAGUUCUUAUGUAUUUACAUAUCUAACACCC